UUUUUACUCGAUCAGGUUUCGUUUCUUACAACGUAGGCGAUAGAAAUGGAGAGCUAUUGUCACGCCUCCGAGAGGUUUCAAUGCCAUGACCAUACCAUCCCAGGCGCAACCUACGAGAUCUGGGAUCCUGCCGCCGCCGCGGCCGACUACUUUGAUGGUCCCUGCCGCCGGCUUCCUCCCUUAUCCGCCGCAGCCGUCACUAAACUUGAUAUCCUCUGCCACACGGAACAUCAUUACGUGGCUUUCACGGAAGGCGACGAAAGUUCACGACUACGGCCCAUCGACGUACUUCUUGAGGAUUCCGAGGUCGCCACUUCCUCCGUCGACGUUGACAUCGCCGCCCGCACGGCCGACGAACUCCGCGCCGUCAUUCGAAAUGAGCUGCUCAAGUGCAGCGGCGGCAGGCUGCGGCUGUGGGGAGGAUUCGAACCCAUGGUUUCCGGAAUAGCAAGGGAAGUGGGCGAUCUAGGCGCGUGCGAAGCGGCGCGCGUGACUGUCAACCUCACGUUCUACCACGUGUCAUCAGAGAGAGCCAUGAUCCGGGACGCGGCGCCGCAGUUGAUGGAGGUCGGAGGAAACGGAAUGAAACCGGCCAGCCGGUGGUCAAUGGAGGAGAUGUUGGAGAAGUUGAAUCUGGGGGAAGUAGCUGAGGGCGGCGGCGGCGGAGAGGAGACUUGUGCGGUGUGUUUGGAUUGUCUGAAAAGGGAGGAAGAGGAAGCUGUGAGGAUGCCUUGUUCGCAUCGGUUUCACGCCAAAUGCAUCCGCCAAUGGCUGCGCAAAAGCCAUUAUUGUCCACUUUGCCGCUUCCAGAUGCCUACUGGUUAAUCAUUAAUGCCAUCCCAUAUUACAUUACUUAUUGUUUGUAAUAAUUUCGUUCGAACCAAUUUUUCUUGUACCAUAACGAUUCUUCUUGUAUGAAUUCAAUGCUAACUAAUUGAUACCUCAGUUUCGAUGAUAAAUGUUUUAUCUGUGGG